AUGCCUGGGUUCAUUACAAGGCCAGUCAAAUUGGAAGCAAAAUUCACCGUCAUCGUGGUUGGUGGCUCCAUCACAGGUCUCACGCUUGCACAUUCUCUAGACAGAGCUGGCAUCGACUACAUCAUUCUCGAACGCCAUGAAAAUAUCACCCCUGUUCUAGGAUCCUGUGUUGGAAUCAUGCCAAACGGUGGCCGCAUUCUCGACCAGCUGGGGCUCUUUGAUGCCAUCGAAUCCGAGAUUGAACCAAUCCAUAGAUCACACACAUGCUAUCCAGAUGGCUUCAGCUUUACUAACGCUUUCCCUGAUAUCAUUAACGAGCGGCAUGUCUAUCUCCUAUCGUUCGGGUACCCUCUCUCGCUUUUGGACCGGCAAAAGUUAUUAACCAUUCUAUACGAUACCCUCAAUGAUAAGUCGAGGGUUUAUCUCGGAAAAGCGGUCGUCAAGAUUGAGCAGCUAGGAGACCUAGUCCGAGUAUCCACAAAGGACGGACAUUUCUAUGACGGUGAUCUGGUGGUGGGUGCAGACGGUGUUCACAGCAAAGUCCGCUCCGAGAUGUGGAAAAUCGCAGACUUAAUAAACCCUGGCCUGAUUACUCCGCAGGAGAAGCAUGCAACUAAGGCGGAAUACGCAUGUAUCUACGGCAUCUCGUGGAACAUUCCCGAGCUCGUAAUAGGCGAUCAGGUCACAUGUGUCUAUGAUGGAGUAUCUGUCAUGACUUUCAACGGUAGUCAGGGCCGCAUCAUUUGGUUCGUCACCAAGAAGUUGGAUAAAAGAUACCACUAUCCGGACAUCCCGCGCUUUACCAACGUUGACGCCGAGAAGGUUUGCGAAGGCAUUCAGACCAAGGCUAUCUGGGGGAAGGUCACCUUUGCUGAUAUAUGGGCUGGCCGUGAGAGUUAUUGGAUGACAGCAUUAGAGGAGAAUGUUUUUGAGCAUUGGCAUGUUGGUCGAGUCCUCACUCAAAAUAUUGGCCAAGGAGCGAACUGUGCCAUAGAGAGCGCCGCAGCUUUGGCAAACUCCCUACAUGACCUCAUCAACGUUCGAAAGAUUCACAGGCCAUCAAACAACGAGAUGGAGACAUGUUUGAACUUGUUCAGCCAAUCACGGAAGAAGCGAAUGAAAGCUAUCUGCAAGGAUGCUGCCUUUGUGACUCGUCUAGAAGCUCGUGAUGGGUUGCUUUGCCGCCUCAUUGGUCGCUACUACGCCCCAUAUUGUUCGGAUUUUCCUGCGGAUGUCGCCUCAAAGCUGAUAGCUGGAGCAGUGAUGCUCAAUUAUAUCCCUAUGCCCAAAAGAGCUGGGGGUGGUUGGAUGGUAAAUUCUGCGAUAGUAGGAGCUAAGGAUCGGACCGGAGAAGCUUGUUCCUAA